AUGGGGGGGGAUGUGGGAUGGGAUUUUGAAAGGGAAGUAAAUAUCAAUGGAAGAAUUAUUAAUUCAGUUGUUUGGAAGAAUCUGUGGAGAACUGGUGCAGCUCGUAGGGUUAAACUAUUUAUUUGGAAGUGUAUAAGGGAAAUUAACCAAACAAGAGAUAAGCUAGCUUUAUACAAUGCAGAGCAAGAAUUACAAUGUGGAUGCUGUGGUGCUGAAUCUGAAACAAUUGAACAUCUGUUAUUGGAGUGCAGACAUGCUAGAGUUGUGUGGAGAGGAGUAAACAUCAACAUUGAUGCUGUAAGAAGUAACUGCACAAGUGUGUCAGAAUGGUGCACAAGUUGGUUCUCUCCAGAUAGUAGUUCUGAUGAAAUAUGGUUAUACACCUUAAUGAUUGGUGCUUGGAUCAUCUGGAAAGAAAGAUGUGAUGCAAUCUUUCAGGGAGUAUCCUUAAACCCUCUUAAUUCUGUACACAAAAUAAAUUAUCACUUGCAUUCUCAUCUGAAGUCGCAUAAUAUUGCAUCUGAACUUACACACUGUUCUCUUUCACAUCAACCUCCUACACCAAGCAUUAUUAAUAUCAAUGUAGAUGCAUAUUUUGACAAUACUACUAAGAAAAUGGGUACUGGACUAAUCAUUCGUGAUGAAACAGGGGCAUGUGGAGGGAUUAAAGGGAGAUUCGCAAAUGGAACAUUAAACCCAGAAGAAAGAGAAUGUAUGGCAAUUCGGGAAGCAAAGGAGAAAUCUUUCACCAUAAUUCAUAUAAAAGCAGAUGCCAAACUUGUCAUUCAAUCGAUCACUGGCACUAUUUCUUUAAUUCAGUGGGAAAAUAGGAAUUUGCUAAAAGAGAUAAAACAUUUAUCUUCUUUUUUUAGUUUAUGCAAUUUUACUUUCGUUAGCAGAAAUGACAAUCAAGUAACAGAUGAAGUUACUAAAUCAGUUAGAACUUCUGAAAGAGAUGUUGAACUCUAUGAUAAUUACAGUGCCAAUGGUUGUAGCCUUCUGGCAAAAGACUUCAAUGUUGCUACACAAUAA